CCACAUCUCAGUAGGGGAGGGAGACGGGGCUAGCUGGGGCUGGAACCGCGAAGCUGCUCUGGCUCUGCAGCUGCCCUGGGUGUUCCAAAUAACCCUAUGUAAAUCUUUGGAAAAUGCUGUAGGCUGUUGAAGUUGUUGCAAGAAAUCAUCCUGGAAACAACAUUUUGCCAUUUCAUUCAAUGCCUAACAUUGUAGACACAGAAAGAUCAAAUGAUUCUAGAAACAGUGACCUUAAUAAGCCUGAAAGAAAGUCUCCAGAGCAGAAUUUGAAAGUUGCCACCAAAUCCUUCUGCUCCACUGAUGCCCCAACAGCACCAUUGGGUUCUGGUGAUGGUCGCUAUCCAUGGAGUUGUCCAGUGACUCAUACUCGGGAAAAAAUCUAUGCCAUCUGCUCAGACUAUGCUUUUCUCAACCAGGCAACCUCAAUUUAUAAAACUCCAAAUUCUACUCUUUCUUCUUGCCUUGCCAAUAGCACUUCUGUUGCUGUUGGAAAUAAUUCAGCCAGAUACAUUGGUAUCCCAACUAGUUCCUCAGAGAUCAUCUACAAUGAAGAUAGUAACUUGGAAAGCUUAUCUAAUAGUUUUGGCAAGCUGCCACUUGCCUGGGAAAUCGAUAAGUCUGAAUUUAAUGGAGUGACUGCAAACUUGAAAAACAAAUCAGGCAAUGUGAAGAAACAAAUUUCCAAAAAAAAGACUUCCGAAAAAAAGGGAAAAUAUAACAAGGAGUGUCCUCAGUAUUCUACUCUUGAAGAUAUGAAGCAGCGGAAAGUAUUAGACCUCAGGCGAUGGUACUGCAUCAGUCGACCUCAGUAUAAGACUUCCUGUGGUAUCUCUUCAUUGAUAUCUUGUUGGAAUUUCUUGUAUAGCACAAUGGGAGCUGGAAACCUUCCACCUGUUACUCAAGAAGAGGCUUUGCACAUUUUGGGCUUUCAACCCCCAUUUGAAGAUAUUCGGUUUGGUCCUUUUACUGGAAAUACCACAUUAAUGAGAUGGUUUAGACAAAUUAAUGACCACUUCCAUGUAAAAGGCUGUUCUUAUGUUCUCUAUAAACCUCAUGGAAAGAAUAAAACAGCAGGAGAAACUGCUUCAGGGGCAUUGUCAAAAUUAACACAUGGACUGAAAGAUGAAUCACUGGCUUACAUUUACCAUUGCCAGAAUCAUUACUUUUGUCCAAUUGGAUUUGAAGCAACACCAAUUAAAGCUAAUAAAGCAUACAGCAGGAAUCAUUUGUUACAGCAAGAAGUAGAAUACUGGAUCUUAAUUGGAGAGCCAAGUAGAAAACAUCCUACCAUUCACUGUAAAAAAUGGGCAGACAUUGUUGUUGACCUUAACACUCAAAAUCCAGAAUACCUCGAUAUUCGACACCUAGAAAGGGGACUACAGUAUAGAAAAACAAAGAAGGUAGGGGGGAAUCUACAUUGCAUCAUAGCCUUUCAGAGACUUAAUUGGCAAAGAUUUGGCCUUUGGAACUUCCCAUUUGGAAAUAGCCGACAAGAAACACAACCUCCAGCGCAUACACUUGCCAAAUCUGAGAGUGAAGACAACAUCUCUAAGAAGCAUCAUGGGCGUCUGGGCCGAUCUUUGAGUGCUAGUUUUCAUCAGGAGUCAGCAUGGAAAAAGAUGUCCAGUAUUAAUGAAAGAAGAAAUAGUGCCUAUUUGGGUUAUAGUGAUUAUGAUGGAAAUGAUUAAAUGGAUAGGUACUGCACAGUUGUGUAUGAAAAAUAGGACAUGCAGUAGUAGGGAGUUUUACUGAGCUUAUGUUAUGUAUGAAUAGAUCCCAUCGUGUGGGAAAAACACAGUCUUGUAGUUUCUCAGUACCUAAGCUUGUAUAUGAUUGUGAUGGGUAAUCUCAGAUGUGUGAACAGAUAAGCACAGAGUAUUGAUCUUGUAAAAUUAAAGAAAAUAAGCAAUCAAAAUUAGAAAGCAAUUUCUUUUUAAAAACCAAACUCAAACUGUGAUUACUUUCUAAACAUGUUGAAGAUUAAGGUAUGUUUAACAGAAUCAAGAUAUGAACUACUUAACCAAGCAUGAAACUUUAAAAUAACUUUUCUCAGAUGAACAUUGAAGAUUAUUCUGCAUUUAAGAUUAAAAUGUAAGUCUUCAUCAUCCCUUUUAAAAAGGGUAGCUGAUAGAGCUACCAAUUACUAAUUUCAGCUAAGGUAUAUAAUGAUAAUCAAGUCUCAUCUGAAAUUGUCCAGUGUGCUUUGGUAGCUCUCUAUACAAUUAUCAGUAUCACUACCACUACACUUGACUUUUUGCUUGUUGACCUUUAUCAGAAAUCUCAAACAUCUUGGAACUGAGUGCACCAUCUAUUGGUUGUAGGUAAUAUAGUCCAUUGACUCAAUAUACUCUUGCUUUUUUUGACCUGGUAAAUUUCUGUAAAACAUAGAUUAGAAAUCUGGGUCCUAUUUGUAAUCCGUGGAGCUUUUAGAUUUUUAAAUUUAAUUUGGGGGAGGGAUGGGUUAGGUGUCUGGACCUUCAAACUACUACAUAGUGAUAUGGAAUGGGAUCUCCUAGGACCUUAUGCCUCCACUAUAGGGUGGAGGCAUAAGUUAGUAUAAACAUUAAGGAAUAUUUAAGCCACUGAGUACAACCACGCUGAUGCUUUAAUUGUCUGUCUGAUUCAGUCUUACUGUAAGAUUCAUGAAUCUACUGCUGAAUCCCUAAAUCCUAUCCACAUUAUCAGUUGAUACAUAAAGCAAGUGUUAAAGACAAAAAAAAACAAAACCUGAGGGGUGCAUUUCACAUGCUAGAACUCUAUACUCUCACUGGGGAAAUUCUGAACCCUACUCUCACUGCUGCCAAUUUGUGAAUUAUAGAAGCCGGGGUUUUCUUGCUCUUCUUUCUUUUCAAGGGUCUUUUGGGGGUAUUCAAACAAAUACCUUCAUUAUUGCAAAGUAGUGAGACUUUGGCAGUUCCUCUGAAAUAUACCUCUAGUAAAAGGUGGUUCCUAGUUUAUUUUUUUUAAUUCCAUAUUGAUUAUCCACUUGUGUAAUCUACUAAUGAGAACAUGGUAAUAGGAUGCUCUUUUUUUUUUUCAUAAAAGGAACACUAAACCUAUGUUUAAAUAAAAGGGGUUAGGAUUUGUAGGUUGCUGAUUUUGUUAACUAA